AAUAAUGCCUUGGCGAGAUUUCGAAAGAUCACUUCCUCGACCUUGAGAUUUGUUGUAGAUGAAUGGCGUCUUUUACAUAUGAACCACUCACUCGCAGUCCUACUAAAAAGCUAAGGUCAUCAGAAACCUUAGAGAAUUCGCCAAUAGUCAUUGAUAAUGGUACUUUUGAAUGUCGUGCCGGUUAUGCACAUCAUAAAAAUCCUUAUAUGAUUUUCCCUAAUGUGGUGUAUCGUCCACGCAUGUCAAAAGGUGUUCUUGUCGGUAACGACAUUCAAGAUCUGGAGUCUGUUCGUCAUAGUCUGAAGUCUCCGUUUAUGGAUAGUCUUGUCACUAACUUAGAAAUUCAAGAACAAGUCUUCAACCAUAUUUUCGACAAACUCAAUGUUUCGGAUCCAUUUUCAAACCCUGUGGUUGUUAAUGAAGCUCUUUGCAACCCUGGUGUAUGCCGAUCUCAGCUAACAGAGCUUCUGUUCGAAACAUACCGCAUCCCUAAAUUGCUGUUUUACGUUGACUGUCUUGCCUCUUACUAUGAAUUUCAGCGAUCCAGGGAUUUGGGUCAGACCUCCAACUGCUUGUUGAUAUCCUUUGGUUAUCAGAGAACUCAUAUUGUCCCUAUAAUCCCAAUGCAUAUUCAAGGGAAAUUGUCAUCCACCUUUAAACCACUGGUACAAUCUGCGCGUCGCCUUCAUACAGGAGGUGCUCAUGCCAGCUGGAUGAUUCAACGUCUUUUGCAGCUGAAAUAUCCUUGUCAUUCAGAGCGUAUUACUGGAGGCCUGGCUGAGAAAUUAGCUCAUUCCUACUGUCAUCUUGCUUCCAACUAUCGACAUGAAAUGGUCCAAUGGAAAUCUGAUGAAUUUCGUCGUAGUCAUACAAUGAAAGUACAACUUCCAUUUAACAAGCCAUCUGAUGAAGACUUAAAAGCAUUGGCUGAUCGAAAACGUGCUCAAACAGAACGUUUGCUUACCGUGCAUAGAAAACGUCAACAACAACAACUUGAAUCAGCUCAACAUCGCUUUGAUGAACUUUCAAAAGCUGAGAAAUUAAUGAAACAAGGCAAUUCACCUAUUGUUAAGCAAAUCAUUUCUAAUUUAGGAUUAUCAAAUACUGUCGAUUUAAGUCAAGAGAUUCAUGCUUGUCGUAGAAUUAUUGAUAAGUUACAAACUCAACUUACUGUUAAUCGAUCUGGAACCAUGUCAUCUACAAUAAAAAAUGAAACAGAACAUAUUGAUGAAGAGGAGUCAAUGGAUUAUGAUAUAAUUGAAGGAAGUCAACAUGAUAUGAAAUCAAAAUACUCCUCUUAUGCAUAUCUACUUGAUAUGCUGAACACUGUAUACACAAAUACAUUCAAUACUGUGAGUAAUGAAUUAACUGGUCGAUAUAAACGUGCCGCUGAAUUCUUAAUUUCACAAUCAUUACCGUCUGCUGUACAAUCACAAAUGACUGUUAAUACAAACAUGAAUGAUUUCAAGUUUACGGAAGCUAAAUUACGACAUCGUAUAGAAAUGGCACAGGACUUGGAGUUCAAAGAUGGUGAUUUUGUUCUUUGGUUAACUUCGUUAAGAGAUCGUCGUGUGUACAUUUCAAAAAAACGAAUACAACGUCAAAGUCGUGUAGAUUUAGCAACACAAAUUGGUUUACAUGCUAAUGAUCAAUUUGAUGUUGGAUUGGAUUCUAGUAAUUUCUCUCCACAGUUAAAAUCUUCACUUACAACACAAACAUCAACUUGUUCUAAUACUGUUGGACGUAAUGGUGAUUCUACACAUUCUGGACCUGGUGAAGAUGAAUACGAAGAUUCGAAAAAAGUUUUGACAGAACGGCGUCGUAUGCAAUUGGAAAAAAUACGUGCUAUGGCAGCUGAACUGAAACCAUCAAGAGGUCGUGGUCGAGGUAAAGAAAGACGUAUUCAACCUGGCAUAUCUCGUGGUUCAUUAAAAUCCCGUGGUCGUGGUCGAGGUUCACGUGUAGAGUCUGACAGCCGUAUUUCAAUUCCUGAAACGAAUCCCGAUUUAGAAGAGAAUGAUCCAUUAGGUGAUGAUAAUUCUGAUCUCUUUGGUUUAGAUGAUCCAAUAGAAAUAGAACAAGUCACCGGUUCAGUAGGUUUAAAUCGUUUAUGGGAUCCAGAUGCUGAUGACAAUACAAAUGAAGAUUCGAAUGCUUCUAGUUCUGUAAAAAAGACCAUUACAACUUCAGAUUAUCGAAUAGAUGCAGGUGAUGAGAGUGAAAAUGAACGAGAUCAGUUGGCUGUUAUGGACAGUUUAUUAGCACUUUAUGAUCCAGAAACUUCUAAAGACUUGGGUAUCACAGACUUAAAGGUUGGAUUAAACCAGUUUUACCAAAUCCAUGUAGAUACAGAAUUAAUGCGAUCUCAUGAAGUUCUAUUUCAGCCAAGUUUUAUGGGUAUCUCAGAGGUUGGACUUUCAGAAUGCUUAGAGUAUGUCCUUCGAGAUACAUCACGACUACUUGAUGAAUCGAUUAACACGACUUGGCCUGAGAGAAUAUUUCUCACUGGUGGCGUUGCCGCCUUACCUGGGCUUGUCGAAAGAAUUCGAUGUGAUAUUCGACCAUUAUUACCGGUUGGGACUAAAUGGGAUAAUAUUGAAAUUGUUGUAGCCUCUGAUCCUCAGUUGGAUGCAUGGCAUGGAGCUCGUCAUUUCACAUAUUCUCCCUGGUGUGAGAAGAGUUAUGUAACUGUUAAAAUGUAUGAAGAAUAUGGUCCAUACUAUUUUAAAGAUCAUCCUAUAGGUAAUCAUUGUUGGAUAAAUAAGAGUUGAAGAAAAUUAAAUUAAAAAUCGAUGAUCUGUAGAUAUAUGACCCGUGUUAGUGUACUUUUUCUCCCGUCGUUCUGUACACUUAUUGUCCCUGUUUUAUUCUUCCUGUCAUGUAUCUUAUGUAUCCUAUUAUGUAAUCGAUCAAAGAGAUAAAGUUGAGCGAUGAUUUUGUGUUUAGUGUGCUUCAAUUUGUAAUGGUGUUUACUGCUCUCUUAGUUUCAAACAACGCAGAAUCUAACAAAAUGAAUGUACAAGUUCAGUUUGUUUCACAUCACACCAACACAAUAAGAAUG